UCAACUUAAGUCUGCCAUCCAAAGAUUGAACUUUCGUCCAACAAUCCCACUUGAACCAUGUCGCCGAAUCAUGACCAGAACAUCUGCUCGAGGCCAAAUCUUGACUUUUCUUUUUCCCAGUCAAUCCCAGAUGUGAUCCAGCCAACGAGUAAGGGCGUUGCCUGACCGCGAGCCCCUGAAUCGCCAAUGCCCGUCAACAAGCGGAGCUGCGCCUCCGUCAUCUCCGAAAAUGGUCUUCGGCUUGCGGGAGUCCACUUGCGGCCACAUACCCCGGCGUACCUUGACGGCCGUGAUCGAUACAGUUCCAACAACACCUUGACAGUCCCAUCUUGCCUGGCAAUGCCAUUCUAGGGCCAAUCGUCGAACAAUAGCACCCCGAGAUGGUCCUCAGCAUGGCACGCCCGCGCGGCGUCCUCGCCCUCAUGGCCAUCACCAGUCUCGUCACCGUCUGGCUGUGUCGACUUCCCCAGCUAAAUAUCUACCCCUCCUCCAACACCGACAUCACACGAGGUCCCAUACUCCAGCGCCAUCUCGACCUCUCCCUUCCCGAUGCCCCCUUCAUUGGCUGGCCGCUCGAGAGAGUCUGCAGCGAGACCACCUGGACCCCCGGCCUUGUCUUCGUUUGCGACAACAACUCCGGCGGCAUCGGCAACAUCCGCAACUACAUCCUGACCUGCCUACGCUAUGCCAUUGACGUCGGCGCAACCGGUCUCGUCAUGCCACGAAUUCGAAUCCGAUCCGAAAAAGAUCUAUCCGACAUUACAGCCGAGAACUACCAGCCCUUCACCUACUUCUUCGACGAACCGCACUUCCGCCAAAGCCUUCAGUCGUCCUGCCCGCAAAUAACCAUUCACGAUACUAGCUCCGACGUCCCCAAUGCCCCUGUCCCGUUCAAGGCCGAAGAGGUUACACCCAAGAAUCUAGGAAGAAGAGGAGGCUGCGAUAGAAGAGAUCACAACAAGCACACCGGGUUGUUCGCUUCCGCCUUUGCGAGUCACUUGCGCUCCACUGCCGCCGAGUUCAACCUCCCACACCCUCCCAGCCCUGAACAUCCGCGUAUCUUCCGGCUGACCUGGGGUGUCCAGUUCGAAUGGCCUGUAUUCCGUGACGGUCCCGAAUUCGCUUCCACUUUUGGUGGUCUGCUGCGGUUCCGGCCUGACAUUCUUGGGUUGGCGAACAAAGUUGUAGCACACAUGCGGCAGCAUGCGCGCCAGUUUGAUGCCAACGCCCACUCGGGUCGAUUCGUCGGCUAUCACCUCCGCACGGAAAACGAUGCGCUAGACUUUUGGCCCAACUAUGCGAACCAGAGCAAGGCUUACCUGGCGAGGAGUCAGCAGAUGGGAUACGACAUGAAAGCCGGCUACCUAGCGACAGGCAACGAGACGGAGGCACACAAGUUCUUCAAGGAUGCAACGGUGCUACAUGGCAUGCGAGUCACAACCAAAGACCUGCUAUUGGAGGACCACAAAGAGGAUCGCGCGGCACUGGAGAAGCUGACGUGGGAUCAGCAGGCAGUGAUUGACUUCAUCGUCCUGUUGCAGAGUCACUUUUUCCUUGGUGUUAGUCCAAGUUCGUUCAGCAUAAAUGUUGCCCUCAAGAGGCAUCUCCAGGCGGAAGGACUGCAUACAAGGCCAUGGAGGAUAGGAGGCGAGGGAGAUGGGAGGAGUUGGUUGCUGGGCAAGUACGAACAGUUCUGGGAAGACUGGUUGUUUAUGUACGAGGCGAUGUGGCCGUAGACGGACAUCCUGAUUCCUAAUCUUCUUGACCAAGGGGUAUCACCAUUCCAAUGUCAA